AUGAACGAACAUGCAAAUAUAUUGGUUACAAAGCUUGAGAAGCACGUUGAUCAAGAAGCAUUUAAUUGCGUUUUCUCCAUCACUCUUUGUGCCUUAGACAUAAUCUGUGAAACAGCUAUGGGGAAGAAUAUUGGUGCUCAAAGCAAUGGUGAUUCUGAGUAUGUCCGUGCAGUUUAUAGGAUGAGUGAUAUGAUCCAUCGAAGAAUAAAGAUGCCCUGGUUUUGGCUUGAUCUUUUGUACCUUAUGUUUAAAGAAGGAUGGGAACAUAAAAGAGGACUUAAGAUCCUACAUACUUUUACCAACAAUGGCCAUGAUACCACUGCAGCUGCAAUAAAUUGGACCUUAUAUCUUUUGGGUUAUUAUCCAGAAGUCCAGAAAAAAGUGGAUAAUGAAUUGGAUGAAAUUUUUGGGAAGUCUGAUCGCCUUGCUACAUUAGAAGACUUGAAAAAGCUUAAGUAUCUCGAAUGUGUCAUUAAGGAGACUCUUCGUCUUUUUCCUUCUGUCCCUUUUUUUGCCCGGAAAAUUACUGAGAACUGUGAAGUGGCGGGUUACAAGGUGUGGAAAGGCACGGAAGCAGUUAUCAUUCCCUAUGCUUUGCAUAGAGAUCCUAAGCACUUCCCAGACCCUGAAGAAUUCCGGCCAGAGCGAUUCUUUCCUGAGAAUUCCCAAGGACGUCAUCCGUACUGCUAUGUGCCCUUCUCUGCUGGACCUCGGAACUGUAUAGGUCAAAAGUUUGCUAUGAUGGAAGAAAAGACCAUUCUUUCUUGUGUCCUGAGACACUUUUGGGUGGAAUCGAACCAGAAAAGAGAAGAACUUGGCCUAUCAGGAGAUUUGAUUCUUCGGCCAACGAAUGGCAUCUGGAUCAAGCUAAAGAGGAGAAACACAGAUAAAUCUUAAAACCAUGUUCCCAGGCUGUGCCAAGAUAAAGUCAUUCUGUAAGGGAUACCUGAUGGGAAAUGUGUAGAUCAUGAAUCUGGUACCCUGAAUUUCCCGACCCCAUUACUUUGUUGUUCUACUGCGCUUGGAAUCUACUUUAUCAAAGAGAAGGCUUUCGUACUUUUCUAAAAAAAAUAUUGUUGUAGAUGUUAUGUUACCCAUGCUGUUGGAGUACAGUGAACUAUUGAGGUACAGUCAGUACCCAAAUAAACAUUUAUCCAGUUUCUCAAAAGAGAAACUCACAGGACAAUCCCAUUUAAUUUGGUUGACUCAAAGGAUGUAAUUUAAUUGCUGGUCCCAGGGCUUGAACUGGGACCAGCGCACAAAAAUGGUGGCCUAGUCACUGUCCCUGAGCUUUGUUUGGCUGGAAUCUUGUGCUUUAGCUCCCUUUAUUGGCUUUUUGGUGAUUAAUUAGAGAUAAGCAUCUCACAGGCUUUCCUGCCCAAGGCUGGCUUCAAACCAUAAUCUUCAGACCUAAGCCUCCUGAGUUGCUAGGAAUGUAGAGGUGAGUAGUUUGACUUAAGAGGCCUAGGUUUAAAAAUUUUUAUCAGUGGCAACAGUUAUGGUAAUCAUCAUUAUGGGACUUUUCAGAUUUUACUACAUAGAGCAGAUCAUUUGCAUGCUGACUUUCCUUUGUUUAAUAUGCCCUUGUAGUCUUCUUUUUAUUAUGACCUGCACUGAACAAGUUCCUUCUGACAUUG